UCAUUGAUAUAUCACAGAGAAAAAAAUCGUAUCCUGACUACAGUUUGUGUGGGUCGAAAAUUUGUCUGACAAAAUCAUUUGAAUGAAAUUGUAAAAUUGUGUGAAUAGAAUCGGGCAAAUCGAAUUUAAACCACAGCACCGUGCAGUCAGUGAUAGAAACGUGUACAAUAAAUCAAUCAAUAUGAAAUUAUCAAUAAAACGAUACUCGACAAUGUUGUUCUUUCAAUUUGCAUUCCUGUUAAUCGAUUUGGCAAUAAAUAGUUUUUCGUAUAUUGCCCGUGGCAAUAAAUUGUCGCUCGUUUUUGUGUUUCUUGCUCAGGAUAUAUGUCUGAUACUAUCAUUUGCAACGCUAGUAUUCGGAUUGUAUUCAACGUAUGUGUACCAAACGGGUCUGGCCAAUUUGCUCUACUCGAAAUUUCGCGGACCCUUCUGGGCAUUGACCAUUUAUUUCCUAUUGUCGGUGUCGCAUCACGUUUGGAUUGUGUUCAAUUAUGAACGGAUGCCGUACUCAUUUCAAUGGCCGACCCCAUUGACUGCAUUGUUCAUCAUACAACGGUUGUUCUCACCGGUUUACUAUUACCUCUACAAGAGAUCGGCGCUGAGGCUGAGUGAUCCCAGAUUUUACGAGAACAUGGAAUGGAUCAACGAACGUCUGUCGAUAAAAUAAUUUUUUUUUUUUUGGUUUUUUCGACGAACCUAACUGUGUAAAUAUCAUCAUUAAAGUAGAAACAUGUUGAACAUAAAGUGAUGUUUAGA